AUGGCCCAGCCAACUGCCGAGCCGGUCGAGGAAGAAUACGACUAUGAAUCUCUGCCACCCAACUUCUCCCUGCUCCAAAAUAUGGCUGCAGGGGCUUUUGCAGGCAUAGCAGAGCACACCGUCAUGUACCCGAUCGAUGCCAUCAAGACGCGCAUGCAGGUCCUGAACCCUACAGCGUCUACCGCGUACAAUGGAGUCAUCCAGGGAACCUACAAGAUGGCCACCGGAGAAGGCUUUCUCAGUCUCUGGCGAGGCAUGUCCAGCGUCGUUGCAGGUGCAGGGCCCGCGCACGCCGUUUACUUUGCGACGUACGAGGCCGUCAAGCAUGUCAUGGGCGGCAACCAGGCUGGUGUGCACCACCCUCUGGCGGCAGCGACCAGCGGAACUUGCGCGACCAUUGCCAGUGAUGCCCUCAUGAACCCCUUUGAUGUCAUCAAGCAGCGCAUGCAGAUCCAGAACUCGGCCAAGAUGUACCGAUCCAUGACCGACUGCGCACGAUACGUCUACAAGUCUGAGGGCCUGGGCGCCUUCUACGUGUCCUACCCCACGACGCUCUCCAUGACAGUGCCUUUCACCGCGCUGCAGUUCCUCGCCUACGAGUCAAUCUCCACGACGAUGAAUCCGGACAAGACCUACGACCCGACAACGCACUGUGUGGCUGGUGGUGUGGCCGGUGGUUUCGCCGCUGCGCUCACCACACCCAUGGAUGUCAUCAAGACGAUGCUGCAGACAAGAGGCACCGCCACGGACCCCGAGCUAAGGACAGUCAACGGCUUCAUGGCUGGCUGCCGGCUGCUUCUGCGCCGCGAGGGCCCACGAGGCUUCUUUAAGGGAAUCGGUCCCCGUGUCGUUACGACCAUGCCCAGCACGGCCAUUUGCUGGUCAGCGUACGAGGCCUCCAAAGCCUACUUCAUUCGUCGCAACGAUACGCUGUAA